CAAUAAUUUGAAAAGAAAAUAUAAAAAUUUUUUUUUAAAACAUUAAGAUAUAUAGCGGUAAAGACGGUGGUAUACAAUGUCUACUAUUAACAAUGAUAAUGAUAAUGGAAAAAAUCCAGUUGACAAUACCGUUACAAUGACAACAAAAUCAUCAUCAUCAUCAUCAUCAACAAAACAAACACCAUCAGUGCCAACAACAACAACAACAAUAUUACAGUCACAAUCGAUUUCUUCACAAUCGACCAAGCCAAAUUUAUUAUCAUUCGAUGAUGAUUAUAAACAACAACAACCACAGUCAUUGCAAUCAAAUGAUUCGACGAUAAUCAAACCAACGAUAACAACAUUAUCAUCGACUACCGGUGGAAUAUCGACAACAACAUUAACAGGAAAUGUUGUUAUAAAUUGUAAUACUGCAAAUAAUAGCCUAUUAUGUCGUCGUAAUCGAAGACGUUCAUCAAGUUUAAGGGCUUCAACAACACCGAAUUUAUCGCCUAAAUAUUCAAGUGAUACAAAUAAUACUAAUGAUGUUAAUGUAAAUGCUCAAGUAGCAGCACGUGCAUGUUAUGAUUUUCUUCGACGUUCCGAUACAAAUAAUUUUAUAAUCGAUGCAAUCGAUGAUGAACAAUUGGAACAAUUAUUAUUAUCAAAUAAUAAAUCACCAACACCUUCUAGCAAUCAAACAUUACGAAAAAAUCUCAACCUAUUGGGUACAAAUAAAACACGUUUAAGUAAUGGUAAAUUACAACAUCAACAAUCAACAACAACAGACAAUCAUCCUCAUUUACAUCAUACAGAUAGUGUUUGUUGUUAUCAAACAACAGUCACCGAUUUUAUUGAUGAUUAUAUCACACCGGAAAUAAUGAAUUAUACAAAAACGGAUAAUAAUUCAAUGUUACCACAGAAAUCACCACCAAUGAUGUUUAAAUCAUUAGAUUCAACUGCAUCGGCUGGUGGAAUAUGGGAUAAAGAAGAUAAUAUUAGCCUAUAUGGAACACCAAAAGAGGAAAUGUUACCAAGUCUUGGUGAUUCAAAAGGACCAUCAUUCAUGCGCAGCCAAAUUGAAGCUUUAUUUCAACCCUCAGAUAACAAAUUGGCAAUGAAACUAUUUGGUAGUAAGAAAGCCUUAAUGAAUGAACGAAUGCGACAAAAAGAAUCGGGCCUAUUCAUCAUUCAUCCAUGUAGUACAUUCAGGUUCUAUUGGGAUCUUUGUAUGUUAUUAUUAUUGGUUGCCAAUCUGAUUGUAUUACCAGUGACAAUAUCAUUCUUCAAAGACGAUUUAUCUACACGUUGGAUUGCCUUCAAUAUUUUAUCCGAUACUAUUUUUUUACUAGAUAUUUUGGUCAAUUUUCGAACAGGAAUAAUGAAUCCAGAUUUGCCAGAACAAGUGAUUCUAGAUCCAAAACAAAUUGCCCAUGGUUAUAUACGUUCUUGGUUUUUUCUUGAUCUAAUCAGUUCAAUUCCAUUGGAUUAUCUUUAUCUUGUAUUUAAUCAAGAUUUUGAUGAUAAUUAUCAGGCAAGCAUCUGGCAAGCUGGACGUGCAUUACGUAUAUUACGUAUAUUAAAAAUGUUAAGUCUUUUACGAUUAUUACGCCUUUCACGUUUGGUUCGUUAUGUUAGCCAAUGGGAAGAAGUUUAUAUGUCAAACUUAGCGAAUAUGACAAUGUCGAAAGAUCAAAAAUGUUUUUUCAUUAAUCUAAGCAAAAUACCCGGUUAUAAAAAGUUUCUUAAUAUGGCAAGCGUAUUUAUGAAAAUAUUCAAUCUAAUCUGUAUGAUGUUAUUGAUUGGUCAUUGGAGUGGAUGUUUACAAUUUUUAGUACCAAUGUUACAAGGAUUUCCAUCCAAUUCAUGGGUAGCAAUCAAUGAACUUCAGGAUGCCGAUUGGUUUGAUCAAUAUUCUUGGUCAUUAUUCAAAGCAAUGUCUCAUAUGCUUUGCAUUGGUUAUGGACGUUUUCCACCGCAAAGUUUAACAGAUAUGUGGCUUACAUUGCUCAGUAUGAUUUCUGGUGCAACUUGUUAUGCAUUAUUUCUUGGUCAUACAACUAAUCUUAUUCAAUCACUUGAUUCAUCUCGUCGUCAAUAUCGUGAAAAACUUAAACAAGUUGAAGAAUAUAUGGCAUAUAGAAAAUUACCAAGAGAUCUUCGUGUACGAAUUGGUGAUUAUUUUGAACAUCGUUAUCAAGGAAAAUUUUUCAAUGAAGAUACUAUACUUGAUGAAUUAUCAGAAAGAUUACGAGAGGAUGUCAUUAAUUAUAAUUGUAGGGCGUUGGUUGCAUCGGUACCAUUUUUUGCCAAUGCUGAUACCGAUUUUGUCAAUUCAAUUGUUACACGUCUUAAAUACGAAGUAUUUCAACCUGGAGAUAUAAUCAUUAAAGAAGGUACAAUAGGAAAUAAAAUGUAUUUCAUACAAGAAGGUAUUGUCGAUAUUGUUAUGAUUACCGGUGAAGUUGCUACCAGUCUUUCUGAUGGAUCAUAUUUUGGAGAAAUCUGUCUAUUAACCAAUACACGUAGAGUGGCAAGUGUUCGAGCUGAAACAUAUUGUAAUCUAUUUUCAUUAUCCGUCGAACAUUUUAAUGCUGUAUUAGAUAUGUAUCCAUUAAUGCGUCGUACAAUGGAAUCAAUUGCUGCUGAACGUUUAAAUAAGAUUGGAAAAAAUCCAAGUAUUGUUUGUCCACGUGAAGAUUUUCAAUCAGAAUUAAAAGCUGUUAGUGAAUUAUUAACAAUGUCGGCACAAAGCCCAAGUGAUGAUAGUGAAAGUGAUGUAUCAAUAUUCAAUAAAAAAAUGAAUCAUUCGAAAAAUAAAUUAAAAACAUCAACAUCAUCAUCAAAACUGCCAAGGCCAAAAUCUGAAUCAUGUUUUCCAUUAAUGAAUACAUUAAGUAUUAGUAAUCAUGAUAAUAAAAAUGUGGAUAACCAACAACAGCAAUCAUCAACACCGACAUCAAUCAAACAGGAUUUUACAACAAGCCUAUUUCAACGAUCUGGAUCAUUUUUUCGUGGUAAUCACAAUCAAAAUCAUCAUCAUCAACAACAUCAUUAUCAUCAAAAAAAUCAAGAGCAAAUUAAUUUAUCAACAUGUAUAACGGUAACAUCACCAUCAACAUCAUCAUUAAAUAAACAAUAG